AUGUCUUUAGCAUCCCCCGUCGACCAAUACGGCAAUAAAUUGAGUGGAAGUGGAUAUGGAAGCAGUGGCCAGUCAGAUAACGGCAAAGGAGGUAGCCCUCUCUCAAUGAGUUUGGGGUUUCUGAAGAACCUGACAGAAAAGAAAAGCACUCGGGUUGAUGGACAGCCACCGAAAAGAAGAGGCCCUAAACCUGAUGCUAAGCCCGCUCUCACCAGGAGGCAGGAAUUGAAUCGCCAGGCCCAGCGCACGCAUCGUGAAAGAAAGGAGCUAUAUAUCAAAGCCCUCGAGCAAGAAGUCCUCCGCCUGAAAGAAAACUUCAGCCUGGUGACACGGAAUAAAGACAGCCUAGCCGAAGAGAACCGCCAAUUGAAGCAGCUCCUUGCCAAGCACGGCAUCCCCUGGAGCGGUAGUGGUGGUGUUGAUGAGUUGGCCCUACCCACUAGCGCUGGCUAUACUUCCAGUGGCAGCAUAUCAGGAUCCUAUGGCCCAGGAUCUCAAGGCUAUAGCCCUCCAUUGACGAACUCAUCGAAUUCAAAUCCUCAACGUCAAAACCCAUCACCCUCAAACGUCCCAAUGAACGGCAACAAUGGUCGCAGCAUGGCGCAACAACAGGUUCAGACAGGAGUUGACUAUGAUCAAGCUGGCAUUGAUUUCGUCUUAACUCUCGAACGGCCCUGCAUGGAUCAUCUGCAGUUCCUCGUUGAGCGAGCCAGUGAAUCAGAGGGCGAAUUUUGCGGUCAUGCUCUGAUGGCUUCAUGCCCUCCGGCACCAGAACCAGAAUCCGAAAUCCCGUUUGGACAUGGUCCCAGACAGAAUGGAGAUGCACAAAAGACUUGGGAUCUGUCGAAAUCGGAUCUAUCGAAUUUGCUAGACUUGAGCAAGAGACUUGACCUCGAUGGAGAGAUUACCCCUGUUAUGGCGUGGGGUAUGGUGUUAAGCCACCCCCGGUUUGCCGAAUUGAAACUUGAAGACUUUGAAAGAAUGUCCCACGAGCUGAAGACGAAGAUUAGGUGCUAUGGCUUUGGUGCCGUGCUAGAAGAAUUCGAGGUUCGCGACGUGUUAGCAAGCGUAUUCAAUGUCAAGUCAGAACUUGAUAUGGUCUAUUGA